UAUCUCAAGCCCAGUUAUAAUCUGCUUUUAUGCCAUUUUUUGCGGUUGAUUGUCUAUUUUUCAAGUCUCUACUACCUGUCUAAAUCAACAACACGGCACCUGUCCAGGCGAAAUCAUCCACCCCCGCAAAAUACAACUAUACUGGAUCCAGGAACACCAGGCUCGUUAAUCGGUUCUUCGACCGUCUUCGCGCCCAUUCUGUUUGUUGUUGCGGCCGCACUGGCGAUCCUGAAUUGGAAAAUUGACGAUUUGCCCCAUGCCAACCCCAAAAUGAGGUUCUUUCCAGCAACUAUGGCACAGCUAGACUUUGCCAAACAUGGCACCAAAAUUUUCAAUAGGGCCAAAAAACAGUUCCCAGGCCAGCCGUUCCGAAUGAUUACCAAUGUUGGAGACACCCUUGUUCUGCCUCCGAGAUUCGCGAACCUUAUCCAGAACAAUAAGACCCUCAAUUUUAGUCAGACCGUCGUCCGAGACUUUCAUGCUCAUGUUCCGGGCUUUCAGCCGCUGGGACUUAUAGACCAUCAGGGACAGAUAUUGCAGAACAUCAUAAAGAAACGACUUGUUACACUUCUGCAUACUAUCACGAGGCCUGUGGAAUCUGAAACCGCCUUCGCUGUUCACCUAAUAUUUGGGGACACUUCAGAAUGGAAAGAGGCUGGAAUACAAGAUGCCAGUCUAGACUUGAUCGCCCGUGUCGCCUGUCGCGCAUUCCUAGGCGAGGAGCUUUGUCGCAACAAAGAGUGGCUUGUGAUAACUAAAAACUAUACUCGGGACGGGUUUCGAGCAGCUCAGCAGCUGUCUACUAUGCCAGAAAGAUUUAAGUUUCUCCUUCCCAUCUUCUCCCGCAAAUGUAGAGUUGUUCGUGACCAAGCACGCCGCGCCCAGGAAAUUAUAAAAUCUGUGAUCGAAAACCGGCGGCGCGCAAAAGAACAAGCUCACAAGAAGAACGACCCACAGUCUGUUCCAGAGUUCAAUGAUGCGAUGAUGCGAUUGAGUGGGGAGAGUUGGACUGUAAGGGUAUAGAGUAUGAUCCUGUUUAUCUGCAACUGAGUCUAUCCUUUGCUGCAAUCCACGCCACCGCAGACCUC